AUGAUGCGUGGAGGUUUGCCGUCCUGCUCUAGGCGCUCGCCCCACUCCGACGAUGUCGGCGACCUCGGGCACCAGCCGUCGUCCACCAAUGUAGGCCGCGGAGGGGCUGCGGGCUCCCCACCACGUUCCCAGCAUUCUUCGGCGGUGGUGGCUCCAUCCUCGUCCACCUCCACUGCUUCAUCGCCGCCAAGUACGUCCACCUCCAUGGUCAACAUUCCUGCUGAGGCAUUCGACUCCGACUCCGACACCCAGACGGAGACGGAGCCGGACGACGACUACCGACGGGGCUAUCACAGAGCAGUACCCCGAGGCCCUGCUCUGCGCAUCAUCAGCCAUGUCCAUGAGGGCGAUGAAUAUGCUGCUGGUGAUGUGCACCAGCAUGAGGAUGCAGACGUCAUUGAAGCUAAUUUUGUAGAUCUUGUAAUGGGAGUUUCAGCAGAUGAUGAGGAAGACGAGGAGGAAUAUGAGGAUGAUGGAGAUGACACUAUCUUGGAUUAUUGUACUGACACUGACGCCAAUGGGAAUGGUGAUGAUGAUGAUGACGAGGACGAUGAUCUCUAG